AUGUUUCUCGGCAUCUCGUUCAUCGCUAUGGUCUUCCUCCUCCUUUUCGUUCUUGCAUUAUGCUCAAGCGUGUUCGGUGCAGUAUAUGAAAGUUUCGAUGACCUUCCUACUCUCGAUUUUGAUUUCAUCGUCAUUGGAGGGGGGACAGCGGGAAACGUUGUCGCAAAUCGUUUAACAGAGGACUCUGAUAUCUCAGUGCUUGUUCUCGAAGCAGGUGGAUCAACGGCGGACGAACUCCUCAUACAAGUUCCUUUCUUUUCCCCCAAUGUAUCCUCCGGAACAGCUUGGGACUGGAACUUCACUACGACUGCACAAUCUGGAUUACUCGGACGUUCCAUUUCGUACCCGAGAGGUUUCGGAUUAGGAGGAAGUAGCGCAGUUAAUUAUAUGCUGUAUACACGUGGAUCGUCUCAAGAUUAUGACCGUUAUGCCCAGAUCAGCGGAGACCCUGGUUGGGGGUGGGAGGCAUUGCAGCCGUACAUGCGAAAGAACGAACGUUUCGUUGCCCCUGCUGAUAACCACAACGUAUCUGGACAGUUCGAUCCUACGACACAUGGUUUUGAUGGUAUCAAUGCUGUAUCUCUUCCCGGAUACCCGCGUGCUACGGACGGUAGUAUUAUUCAAGCGACAACGGAGUUUCCUCGCGAGUUCCCCUUCACUUUGGAUUUUAAUUCAGGGUACCAAUUAGGCAUCGGAUGGGCCCAGUAUACCAUUGGAAACGGAACUCGAAGUAGCUCGCAAGCGUCGUAUCUUGGAUCUGCUUACAUUAGUCGACCAAACUUGCAUGUCCUAAUUCACGCGCGUGUCACUCGAAUCCUACAGUCAAAUACCAAGUCCACCAGUAGCCUACCGACAUUUAAUACUGUUGAAUUUACUCAGGACGCGGGAGCAACCAUGCACAAAAUCGCACCUUCGAGUCUCCGAGAAAUCAUUUUCUCUGCUGGGUCGGUUGGUACCCCGCAUAUCCUACUCCACUCUGGCGUCGGCGACGAAACCGAACUGAAGGCUCUGGGAAUCACACCAACACUCCAUCUUCCCGACGUCGGCAAGAACCUGACAGACCAUCCCAUGACGUCCGUCAGCUUCUUGGUUAAUAGCACAAGCACUAUGGAGAACAUCUACUUCAGAAACAAGACAUUUCAAGCAAAGGCUUUGGCAGAGUGGAAAGCACAUCGAACAGGCUUCUUGACAGGGGAAAUAGCAAACCAGGCAGGCUUCUUUCGCAUUCCUGUCGACGAGGGUAUUCUGGAUGGAGAACCAAGUGCAGGAAAUGAGACCGCACAUUACGAGCUGGCUUUUGUGAACGGUCUGUUUUCAGAACCUGUCCCUGAGACAGGAAAUUACUUCUCUAUCACGACCGUCGUCCUAUGUCCAUUAUCGCGCGGGGAUGUCAUCAUCAAUAGCACCAAUCCCCUGGAUCCCCCACUGAUAAACCCAAACUAUCUCUCACACUCGCAAGAUCUCGAUGUCAUGAAGUAUGCUAUGGCGAGCGCGAAGAAAUUUGCUACCGCUUCGAUAUUGGAAGACUAUAUCCUUGAGAUGACGACGGAUGUUACAGAGGAUGAUGAUGUCAGGAAUACGGUAGGUAGUAUCUACCACCCAGUAGGUACCGCAAGCAUGUCUCCGGAGGAUGCGGAUUGGGGAGUUGUAGACCCGGAUUUGAAGUUGAAGGGUGCGAAAGGUGUGAGGAUCGUCGAUGCAUCAGUUCUGCCUUUUAUACCUGCGGCACAUACUGAAGCGGCCGUAUACGUUAUUGCUGAGAGGGCGGCGGAUCUAAUCAAAGCGGAAUGACUAAUUACUCUACUACUCAGUCCUCUUUUGUUCCCUACCUUAGAACGCC